AUGCCUUACAGACUCGAGUACGCCAACUCGAAUCGCGCGGGCUGCAAAGGCCCACAGCCUUGCGCCGGCACCAAGAUCUUCAGAGGUGAACUCCGUCUCGGUACUUUGGUCGAAAUCCAGGGUUCUCAGUCGUUCCAGUGGAGACAUUGGGGAUGCGUCACUCCUAGGAUUAUUCGAAACAUCCAGGACAAGGACGGCAUCACCGACCCUGCCGACCUCGAUGGCUUCGAAGACCUGAUUCCUGAAGACCAGGCUCGUGUCAGACGCGCCUUCGCCGACGGUCACGUAGCGGCCGAAGAUAUCCCCGAGUCGGCGCUCAAGGCACAAGAAGACACUGAGGAUGCCGAGGCUGUCGAGCAACAGGCUGCCUCUGCGGCCGCUCCUCCAACUCCUUCCCAACCUCCUGCCAAGAAGCGAGGACGCCCCUCGAAAGCAUCUCUCGAGGCUGCCGCCGCUGCUGCAGGGCCUACCCCCUUGCAAUCUGCGCCUGCGCCUAUCGCGCCCAAUGGUGUCAAUGCCGCGACUACUGUCCAGCCACCUCAAGAAAAGAAGAAGCCCGGUCGUCCUCGCAAGAAUGCCACUGCGCAAGCACCCGUGUCAGCUCCUGUAGCGGCACCUGCUCCAAUUCCGGCUCCCGCUGCUACGCCUGGUGAGCCUUCUCCAAAGAAGCGCGGCCGUCCGCCCAAGAAUGCAGCCGCAACUCCUGCUGCCCCAGCGCCGGCGGCUGCUGUCGCUCCUGCAACUCCUUCUCAGCCUGCUGCGCCCGAUGCGUCGCCACCAAAGAAGAGCGGCCGUCCGCCCAAGAACGCAGCCGCAACUCCUGCUGCCCCAGCGCCGGCGGCUGCUGUCGCUCCUGCAACUCCUUCCCAGCCUGCUGCGCCCGAUGCGUCGCAACCAAAGAAGAGAGGACGUCCCCCCAAGGCGCAAGUUGCUGCUGCGCAGCCUGCUCAGCCGGUGUCGGUUUCUGCCCCAGCGCCCGUUGCUGCGCCCGCUCCUGCUUCUCCCAAGAAGCGAGGACGUCCGCCCAAGUCUGCGACUGCUGCGGUAAGUGCUCCUGUCGCGCCUGCUCAUAUUCCAGCACCUGCACCUGUCCCCGCCCCCACCCCUCUUCCGACCUCGGCCGCAGCUGCUCCUGCCAGGAAGAGAGGCCGCCCCUCGAAGGAAUCGAUCGCUGCUGCUGCAGCAGCCGCAGCAGCGGCAUCGCCCGUCGCAGCUCCUGCUCACAACUACCCGGUGGCAACACCUGGCCUGCCUUUGGCCGCCUUUCAAGCUCCUGUGGCUGCUCCCGGCGUCGCUGCUACACCAAACCCCAAGAAGCGUGGUCGCCCGAAAAAAGAUACCUCGCUGCCUCAGGCCAUCCCAAGUGUCGCAGCUAGCUAUACUCCUCCUCAGCCCGCCUACGUUGCGCCACCGGCUCCUGCGACGUCUGUCACCUCGCCCGCCAAAAAGCGAGGUCGUCCGAAAAAGGAGACGGACCCGGUCGCUGCCAACGCUGCAAGUCUGAGCCAAGUUGUUACUCCACCGUUCCCACACACCCCGGUGACUUUGUCGUCUGCUAGCCAAGCUUCGCCCGCCGCGCCCAGCUCGGGCAAGAAGCGUGGCCGUCCUCCCAAGGAGAAGGUUGAGGGCGACGAGGCCGUCAAGCGUCCACGAGGACGACCGAAGAAGUCGGAUGCCGGUAUUAACCCUCUUGCCCCUGCGCCCGCGCCUGCUCCUGCUCAGGUCGCAGCCCCAGUGCCAGCCGCCGUGACGCCGGUCAAGAAGCCCCGCGGCCGACCAAAGAAGAACCCCUGA